AUGGAACACCCGCCAUGUAUUUCUGAGGAAUUGAGGCAAUGUGUCGUCUAUGGCGCUCACCCUACAGUCUAUUACAUCCCUGAUUUCAUUUCUGAAGAGGAGGAGGCCCAUCUCCUGCAGCAGAUCUAUCAGUCCCCCAAACCCAAGUGGACCCAGUUGUCUGGCAGGAGGCUGCAGAACUGGGGAGGUUUACCGCAUCCCAAAGGGAUGCUAGAGGAGAAGAUGCCCGCCUGGCUUAAUGCGUACUGCCAUAAAGUUUCUUCACAUGGGGCGUUUGGUGGAAAAACAGCCAAUCAUGUCCUGGUGAACGAGUAUAAACCAGGUGAGGGGAUUAUGCCCCACGAGGAUGGACCCCUGUACUAUCCGACGGUCACUACUAUCAACUUGGGCUCGCACACCCUCCUGGACUUCUACACACCCGUGGGACGGUCAGAGGAUGAUGACAUUUCAGCAUCGGAGGAUGAACGCCAUCUUUUCUCUUUGCUCCUGAGGCCGCGCAGCUUGUUGGUAUUGCAAGAUGAUGCGUACCGGAACCUUCUUCACGGCAUCAAGGCGCACGAUUUGGAUGUACUGACUAACAAGGUGUUGAACCUGAAUGCUGCCCAGGCACGACCGGGCGAAACGCUGACCCGAGGGACCAGAGUGUCGCUAACCAUUCGACACGUGCCCAAAGUCUUUAAAACCAAGUUUCUUCUCGGGAAGAAGUGA